UUGAGGGUCAAACGGGGGUAUUUUAAGGCGCACAUUUUGACUCCUACCACGAUUGGAAUUUCGACCAUACGAUCAAUUGCCUUAGUUACUGGCAACAAAUAACAAUUUAUCAACUGGCUACCUGUUAUGAUUGGUAAAGUCGAAAAUCUUGCUGCAAAUAAGCUUCUGUAUGGAUUCAGGUUAAGGAGAUCCUUUGAAGUGGCAGAGUUUCGGUUACUAGCUGCUGAGCUUGAGCAUCAGAAGUCGGGUGCAAAAUACUUGCACUUGGCACGAGAUGAUCCCAACAAAACAUUCAGUGUUCAACUUAGGACUGUUCCUCACGACGAUUCUGGUGUUUCUCAUAUUUUAGAACAUACUGUUCUUUGCGGAUCCCAAAAGUAUCCUUGCCGUGAUCCGUUCAUGAAGAUGGCCCAGAGAAGUCAAGCUACAUUCAUGAAUGCUUUUACUGCCAGCGAUUGGACUAUGUACCCAUUCAGCACGAUGAAUAAUACUGAUUUCCAGAAUCUUUUAAAGGUCUAUCUAGAUGCUGUUUUCCGACCUAAAAUCGAAGAGCUUGAUUUUAUGCAAGAAGGAUGGCGUUUAGAACCAGAAAACCUUAAUGAUAUGACAUCUAAUCUGGUUUUGAAGGGCGUAGUCUUCAAUGAAAUGAAGGGUGUAUUUUCUAACUCACUAAAUCGUUUUGCUCAAAUUAUCAAAAACAAGUUGCUUCCGCAAACUUACGGUUUUGUUAGUGCAGGGAGUCCAGAACGUAUUCCAACAUUAACCUACGAGUAUCUGAAGGAGUUUCACAAUAAGUAUUACCAUCCGAGCAACUCAUGUUUCUAUACUUAUGGUAAUGUAAACCUGGAACAUUGUCUUGAGUAUCUUGAUUCAGAGUAUCUCCAACAUUACGAUUUUUCAGUUCAAGACAACUCAGUACCAUUAGAAUGUAUAUGGGAUGAACCCAGAUUAGUUCAGUUGACAUGUGAACCAGAUCCAAUGAAUCCCCACCCAGAUCGUGAAUGCUGUGUAUCUCUUAGCUUCCGUUUGGAUGAUAUUUGCGAUGUUUACAAAAAUUUUGUGCUUGGAAUAGUUUGUAAUUUGUUACUAAAUGGUGAUAAUACACCUUUGUAUCGUGGUUUAAUUGAGUCAGGAUAUGGUCUAGACUGGAUCGACAGUGUCAGCGGAAUCGAUCGUGGGACUCGCACUACAAGUUUUCAUGUCGGGGUACAAGGUGUUCGUGCAAAUGAUCUGGAAAACUUUCCCCAUAUAAUCAAUGAUAUAUUAUCCGAAGUCGUUCGGGACGGCUUUCCAAUGGAAGAAGUUGAGGCUACUCUUCAUCAGUACGAACUGGAAAUUCGUCAUGAGUCGGCUCGUUUUGGUUUAAAUCUUAUUCUAAACCUAUCCAACGCUGUUAAUCAUGGCGUUGAUUUGAAUGAGUUCCUGAAAAUUGGAGCUAAUGUGGAUCGGUUUCGACAGGAAUGGACCAAAGAUCCGGCUAUACUUCAAAGUUUUGUUCAACAAUUCUUUCUAGAUAACAAACACAAACUGAUAACUGUAAUGCGUCCUGAUCCAAACUGGAAGUCCAUAGAAGCCAAGAAGGAUGAAGAACAUUUAGAUCGUUUGACAAAGAACAUAACACCGUUGGAAAGGGAAAAAUUAGCACUGAAGGCUCGUCAACUCCUUGAAAAACAAAAUCAAGAAGAAGAUGUUUCAUGUUUACCGUGCCUCGACAUUUUCGACGUACCUUUGGAAUGCAGACCAGAACCGUUUACACUCACUCAAACUUCAGAUUUUCCUGUCCAGUUGAACGAAGCAGCAACUAAUGGUUUAGUUUAUUUCCAUGCUUUGGCUGAUUUGAAGGAUUUGCCUUGUGAACUAUUAUCUUACGUUCCACUGUUUUGUUCGUUGUUUACCAGAUUGGGAGCGGAUGGAAUGUCUUACUCAGAAAUGAGUCAAGCAAUCGAACUACAUACAGGUGGUUUCGAUGCUUCUCCUUUUGUUACACCUAAAUUACCAUCUUGUUCAAAAACUGAAUUUUCGUCUGCAUCUCGACAAAUUCAUUUGUCCAGUUAUUGUCUUGAAUCAAAAAUACCUAAUUUCUUUGAACUUUGGUCAAAAAUUUUCCGUUCCCCAGAUUGGUCCGAUCAGGAGCGUUUAUCAACUCUGAUUCAAAUGUCAGCUGCAGGUGAAUGGUCAGCUAAUGCAAUUUCAGAUUCAGCCCAUGAAUUCGCGAUGUGUCGCGCUGCUGCCAGUCUUUCGUCAACUCGGCUUACUCGUGAACUCUGGUCAGGAAUUGAGCAAGCUAGAAUCAUGCAACAUAUUGCCGGCGAAAUCGGACUAGAAAGUGACAAACGAAGUGAUGUUCUUUCAAACAUUACUGAACGUAUGAAGGCUAUUUGGAGUUAUAUUACUUCACAUAAAAGACUGAAAUUCAGUCUUCAUGGGGAAGCUGAUGGUUUAAUGUCAGGAUUAAAGUACCUUGAUGGAUUUUUAAAUGAUUUAUCACAAUCACCAAAAGUGUCGACCAGUUUAUUGAUUGAAGACUCUCAAAAUCCAGAUUUUUUCCCAAAUAUUUCUGGGAAUACAUUUUUUGCAAUGCCGUAUACAGUGCACUAUGUUGCUAAGGCUAUUGAAGCUCCAAGUUAUGACUCUGAAGAUUAUGCAAGUUAUCGUGUCUUGGCUCAUUUACUGUCGUUUAAGUACCUACAUCGUGAAAUAAGGGAAAAAGGUGGUGCUUAUGGUGGGGGAGCUAUUGCCAAACCGGAAGCUUUCUUGUUUUACUCCUAUCGUGAUCCUUAUCCUCUCAAAACGCUAAGUAGUUUUGAAAAUGCUAUAAAAUGGGCCAGCUCCAGAGAAUUUCAAGAUCAAGAUAUUAAAGAAGCUAAACUUUCUGUUUUCCAAGAAUUGGACUAUCCUGUUUCAGCGGGUUCCCGCGGUCUAACCCAUUUUUUGUAUGGGAUCAGUGAUGAUUUGAGACAGUCACACAGAAACCAGGUUUUCUCUGUUGACGCAUCAAGAAUAAAGGAUAUCUCUGGAAAAAUGGUACAGAAAUUAUCUGAUACGUCAGAUUUUCAUAAUGUGGGUCGUGUGGUCAUAGGCCCAGAGAGUAGUCCGGACUGGAUUCAAGAUACUUUCGGUCAGGAUUCCAAAAUUAUAUGGGAACGUGUAAUAAUGAUGAUUUAGAUUUACUACUACAUCUGUAAUGCGACUCAUUAAUUUAAUUUGGUAUUGUCUUUACAAAACUUAUGUAUGAGAUCUCUUUAGAAGAUGACUCUCAAUUUCAUACAUUGUACUUGAAGAAAUAUGUCACUAGUUUUCCCUGUCGUAUGUUAACAUUAUGUCUUCUCUCAUAUAUAAAGUUUACAAUUGUAUAGAAUUUUCAUGCUGCGAGUCACACUUGUUAUUCAUAUUCAAUAUUAAUUGAGGG